AUGAUUGAAAAAAACGACGGUCAAGACGCUAAGAAUCACGUGCAUGAAAUUCAAACACGGCAUGCCGCGUCAACAAGUGCUAGAACACUCAGUCUCUCUUCUUUACAGUACGUGGUGGGUGAAGAGGACACUCGUACGAAAGUAUCUGCAGGAUCGGCAAC